ACUAGCAGCCAAUUUCAGUUCGGAGUCGUAUACUGCAGUUUACCUGUGUAAAGACCGUGGUGCCAAUCAUAUACAUAUGUAUGUAUAAAGAAAGAAGGAGAAGAAGAAGAAAUUUGUGUACGAGUGUCGCUGUUGUAUCCUGUUGUUGCUGUGCAAUUUUUUAUAUCGUUGAGUUUGAAUAUAAACGGAGAUGGGUGAUUCUGGAUUUAGCGAUCUUUUAAGAUCUGCUGAGCAAUUAUCUGCUGCAGUAGAAGGAAAUGGGGAACUUCCACAAGUGGAGAGAAAUUUGCGUCAAAUAUUGGAUGCGUCUAAUGAGCUCUGGUCUCGUGUUACACAAACCGGUACACAGGAUAACCAAGUGCAAGCGCAUCUUCUUCUAGGAUCUAGAGGAGUGGACUUACCUCAAAUAUCACAGAAAUUAAGUUCGCUAAGUGCAAGACGCACCUUUGAACCCUUGGAUCCGAUUGCUGAUACAGAUAUUGUGAGCUAUUUGAGAAAUGAAAAGCAAAAUGCUAUUCUCUCAAUCAUUGAGCAAGUACACAAAGAUACUUUUGAGUUGAACAGAGUUCAGCAAUUAGAACACAUGUUGGGUGAGUGGAAGCAAAUGCGUUUUGAGAUAAUGAAUGCAAUGACUGCUCCUUCCGGAGAGUUAGUGGACUUACGUGGUAUGUCACGUCGUACAAAAUUAGCAGGAUCCACUAUCACUGGCCUUUCAAAUAUAGAAUCUGCCUAUGCCAAGGAAUUAAAAAAUUACAAUGAUCAUGUACUCAGGGGUAUAACAAGACCCAGUCUAUUUGCUGUAUUUGCUAAGGUUUCUGAAUCAUUUAAUGACAAGAAGGUCUCAGACAUGUGGCAAAUGGUCAAACGUAUGGUCGAUAUCCCAGCAACUCCAAGGGGCGAUCAGAUUAAAUCUCGAAACAGUCCUAUUGUAGAACAAAGGAUUGUCGAACAAGCUAGAACCUAUCUUGAGAAUAGAUACAGAGAAUUUAUGAAUUCCAUUAUUAGUGAGAAUUUGGCUCAAGCCAAACGUGGUGGUAUUCCAGGAACUUUACCAUUAGUCAAAAGUUUUGUGGGCGUAAAAGUCCAGCCUAACAGAGACCUGGAAGAUAUUCAUCUGGACGACAAACCUUUAUGGCCCCUAAUUUACUACUGUAUGAGGGCUGGUGACUAUAAUGCUGCACUACAGUGUCUUCACGAAGUGGGUAUAGUCUUUCCGGAAUUCAGAUUAGCUCUCAAGGAGGCAUCUCAAGAUCCUCGAAAACGUCCUAGCAGCAGAUCAGAAUCUGUAUUAAAACUACAUUAUCGAAAGCAUGUCAGAUCAGCAACAGAUCCUUAUAAAAGGGCAGCGUAUUGUGUACUUGUCCCUUGUGAUCCUGACGACUUACAUUCUGAAGUCAUGUCCACAGCUGAUGAUUACUUGUGGCUGAGGUUGUGUCAAAUUAGAGAUCACACGGAUUCGGAGCAAAAGUUAACAUUGGAUCAUUUGCAAACGACUAUCCUUGAAGUAUAUGGUGAAUCCUAUUACCGUGCUCACGAUCAGCCAUUCUUAUAUUUUUCCAUGCUCUUUUUAACUGGCCAAUUUGAAUCGGCCAUUGAAUUUUUAGCUAGAGGUGCUGGUGCACGACAUCUGUCCCAUGCAGUACAUUUGGCGAUUGCUAUGCAUGAACAUAAUCUGUUAGCUGUUAGUCAGAGUGUUUUAGCACCACUGAUAAGUGUUGAUAUAGGUGAUAAGCCUCCAGCAAAAAGACUGAACUUCGCCAGGUUGAUUUUGUUGUACGUGAAAAAAUUCGAAUCAUCUGAUCCGAGGGAAACUCUACAUUAUCUCUUUUUAUUAAGAUGUAUGAAAGAUAUUCGCGAUCGGAAUAUGUUCGUCUCGUCAGCUGCGGAAAUGGUGGUUGAAACAUCUCCAGAGAAUCGCACGUUACUUGUGGGACGGAUAGACAAGGAUCGCCGGCUUCCUGGAAUCUUGGAUCAGUUCCAGAUAAAUACUGAAGACGUUAUAAAUAUUUGCGCUGAGACUCUGCAUCGCAAGGGUCUUCUGGAAGAUGCUGUGGCAAUGUAUGAUCUCGCUGAAAACCAUGAGAAGGCCCUUAACCUGCUGAAUAUACUCAUGGCUCAAGUUGUCAGUCAAAAAGGACAACCAGGUUCUUUAAGAUCACGACUUCAAGCAACUGUUGCUGAUAUAAGCAACAGAUAUCAAAGCUUAACAGUUCAGGCCCCUGCUGAAUCUGUAGCUGCUUUCUAUACAUUGCGAGACCUGAUGGUGUUCUUUGAUCAGUUUCACAAUGAUCAGUAUCAAAGUGCUCUACGGACAAUUGCGGAUUCGAAAUUACUGCCCAUGGCUGUAUGGGAGGUGGAUGAACGAGUAACGGCUCUCAAGAGAGUUUCACCUGAAGUAGCCGGGGUGUUGGCUGAUGUACUUUUGGCUACGAUGACAAUUCUUUAUCGCCAAUAUCAAAAGCUAAAAUCAACGGAUCCUGGGGAUGAGGUUGCACGAGAACAACAACUUCGAGAUCUUCGUGAGCAAGCCAGAGCACUGACUAGCUUUGCUGGUACUCUGCCAUAUCGUAUGCCAAACGAAACGAACAGCAGGCUUGUACAAAUGGAGAUACUGAUGCACUAAAAUCCUUUGACUGUCCUGUGUUAAUUCAUGGUCACUUCAAAAACCUUUGUAUAGUGCUCGAGGUUCGAUAAUUAUCGAAUUUCACUAGCGUGAAGUGUCUUUUAAUACGGCUGAUAUUCGAGUCUCUUCCUUUGGGAUUGAUUCGUGUUCCACGAAGGGGCUAAAAACCGGUAAUUUUUUUUUUAAUACGGUAUACCUGUGAAGAAUUAGCGAUGUAUGCCAAUGUUAGUUUUUGCAAACCUUUUUUGUACUAUUCCAAAAAGUAAUACUGGUCUCUACCGAAAUAAAUGUGGAAUUUAAUUAA